AUGUUAAGAACUACUUUAACCACAAAGCCAUACUUGCUAAUCAGAAAAUUCGGUAACUAUUCGAUACCAAAACAAAUAACAAAUGAACCGAUUAAGAAUUUUGGUGCAGCUGAUGUAAAAGAUUGGGAUUUAUUAAGAUCCUCAAUUAUGAAAUUUAAAAGUUCAUCAAUCGAUAUCCCUUUGGUAAUUAAUGGUGAGAGAAGAUAUUACGAUGAAUCUAAGGGUAAAAAAAGAUCAUAUUAUAAACAACCUAAUCCUGCUGACCACGGCACUAUAUUAGCAAAUGUCACACAAGCAACAGAGACUGAUGUCUUAGAUGCUAUCGCAGCUACUAAAAAUGCAAAGGUUGAAUGGGAAAACUUCUCUUUUUUUGAUAGAGCUUCUGUGUUUUUAAAAGCUGCUGAUUUGAUUACGACGAAAUAUAGGUAUGAUAUGUUAGCUGCAACGAUGUUAGGUCAAGGGAAAAAUGUUUACCAAGCAGAAAUCGAUUGUAUUACUGAAUUAUCAGAUUUCUUUAGAUUUAAUGUCAAGUAUGCCAAUGACUUGUAUUCACAACAACCUCUGGAAUCAACCGCUGGUGUUUGGAACAAAGUCGAAUACAGACCGUUGGAAGGUUUUGUAUAUGCAGUUUCACCAUUUAAUUUUACAGCUAUUGCUGCUAAUUUGGUCGGGGCGCCUGCACUUAUGGGAAACACUGUUAUAUGGAAACCAUCUCAAAGUGCAACCUUAUCUAAUUACUUGCUAAUGACAGUAUUGGAAGAAGCUGGCUUACCAAAGGGUGUUAUUAAUUUUUUACCUGGUGAUCCAGUUAAAGUCACCGAACUAAUAGUGAAUGAUAGAGCAUUCAAUUCCUUACAUUUCACAGGUUCAACUGAUGUGUUUAAAUCUUUAUAUGGAAAAAUUCAAAGUAAUUUAGUUAAUGGAGUUUACAAAGACUACCCACGCAUUGUCGGUGAAACCGGUGGUAAAAACUUCCAUUUAAUUCAUAAAAGUGCUAAUAUUCCACAUUCUGUUUUAUCAACAAUCAGAGGUGCAUAUGAGUUUCAAGGCCAAAAAUGCUCCGCAACUUCAAGAUUGUAUAUCCCUGAAUCUAAAAGCAAGGAAUUUAUAAAAGAUUUCGUUGGAACGAUGACAUCUGAACACAGUAAAAUGACGCCAACAAACACUUCUGCCGGUCCACUUAGUGGCGGUGAUCUACAUAGUUUCAUUGGCCCUGUGAUCAACCAACAAAGUUUUAACAAAUUAGCAGCUGUCUUAGAAGAUGCUAAAACUGAUCCAGAAUUGGAGAUUAUAUAUGGUGGAAAAUAUGACAACUCAAAAGGUUGGUUCAUACAACCAACAUUAAUUAAAACUACAAAUCCAAACCAUGAAUACAUGUCUAAAGAAUUUUUUGGCCCAAUUUUAACUUAUUUUGAGUACCCAGAUGCUGAAUUCAAUAAGAUAUGUGAGAUUAUUGACCAAACUAGUCAAUAUGGUCUCACAGGUGCAGUAUUUGCCCGUGAUCGUGAAACAAUUAAAACAGCAACCGAUGCAUUGAGAUACGGCGCAGGUAACUUUUAUGUCAAUGAUAAGUGCACUGGUGCAGUGGUCGCUCAACAGUGGUUUGGAGGCGCAAGAAUGAGUGGUACUAACGAUAAAUCUGGUAGUGGUAACAUCUUAAAUAGAUUUACUAGUAUAAGAAACAUUAAGGAAAACUUCUUAGAAUUAACAAACCAUAAAUAUCCUUCUAACUAUGAUUAA